GCUCCUGCCUCUCACGUCGUCUAUAAGAACACACACCACCCUCCUCUCCCUCGUUGUAUCGCAGCAAGUUUCUGUUUCAAGCCACCAGCUCUAGCUAGCUACUCUUCAAAGGCGGGGAGGAGAGAGAGAGACGAUCGACCUGCCCUCCUUCAGCUCCGGCCGGCGAGAUCAAGAGGGACGAAAUGGCCAGCGGCGGAGAGAGCGGUGCUGCGGCGGCGCCAUUGCUGCUGGGUGGUGCGAGGAGCCAGCACUACUACGAGGGGUGCCCCGGGUGCCGGCUGGACCAGAUCAACAAGACCAAGGCCGGCAUCCCCUACCUCAACUUCUUCUACAUCUGGGUCGUCUGCCUCACCGCCGCUAUGCCGAUCCAGUCAUUGUUCCCUUAUCUAUACUUCAUGAUCAGGGACUUGAAAGUCACAAAGCAAGAGCAAGACAUCGGGUUCUAUGCUGGUUUUGUUGGGGCGACUUAUUUCCUUGGAAGAACCAUCAGUGCUGUUCCAUGGGGCAUGUUUGCUGACAAGUAUGGACGGAAACCCUGCAUUGUGAUCAGCAUCCUCUCAGUGAUUGUGUUUAACACACUAUUUGGCCUUAGCACAACUUACUGGAUGGCAAUUGUAACCAGGGGGUUACUUGGGUUGCUCUGUGGCAUACUGGGACCAAUCAAGGCCUAUGCUUCAGAAGUCUGCAGGAAAGAGCACCAAGCACUAGGAAUCUCUCUUGUUACAUCGUCACGAGCAAUCGCUCUUGUUGUCGGACCAGCUAUUGGAGGGUUUCUUGCACAGCCUGCAAAGAAGUACCCAAAUCUUUUCUCCGAAAAGUCCAUAUUUGGGAGGUUUCCAUACUUCCUCCCUUGCUUCGUCAUAUCAGUACUAGCAGCAGGAGCAUGUAUUGCAUGCAUUUGGCUCCCGGAAACUCUGCACUUUCACCAUGAUGACAAAGUAGAAUCUAUUGAUGAACUGGAGGCACAAAUUGGUGAGUCGAACUCAGAAGGUGGAAAAUCUAAAGAAUCUAGGGGCGAAUCUACGAAGAACCUGCUAAAGAACUGGCAAUUGAUGUCAGCAGUGAUCCUAUAUUGUGUCUUUUCUCUCCAUGACACAGCUUAUCUUGAGACAUUUUCACUCUGGGCAGUGAGUAGCAGAAAAUUCCGAGGCCUGAGUUUGACAUCCCAGGAUGUUGGUACUGUGCUAGCCAUAUCAGGUUUUGGUGUUUUGGUAUAUCAACUUGCUAUUUACCCUUCCAUUGCCAAAUAUUUUGGACCAAUCAAGCCAUUCCGUCCCGCGGCGAUCUUGUCUAUACUUCUCCUCGCAACAUAUCCUUUCACGGCCAACCUACAUGGGCUGGAGCUCAAAAUACUUAUCAACAUAGCUUCACUUUUGAAGAAUAUGUUCGCUGCUACGAUUACUAUUGCGUGCAACAUUCUUCAAAACACUGCAGUGACACAAGAACAAAGAGGUGUUGCAAACGGCAUCUCUGUGACUCUGAUGUCAAUGUUCAAAGCUGUAGCUCCAGCAGCAGCGGGAAUUCUGUUUUCGUGGGCUCAGAAGCACAUAAGUGGGUUGUUCUUACCAGGUGAUCAGAUCAUGUUCCUGAUGUUAAAUUUGGUGUCGGUAAUAGGGCUCGUACUGACAUUCCAGCCAUUUUUCUCACUGCCAAUUGCGAUGAGGCGUUAGUAACUAUGUACAUAUAGUUUGCCUUGUUAAUCGUGAGUUAAAUCAGGGGCACUGCAGUCAGUUGCAGGCCUGCGUUUUAAACUGCAAGAAAAAAAGCAUGUAUUGUAUGAGUAAAGUACUUUCGGUCUUAUGUUUGGAUGUGUAAUCAGAGAUAUUCAGUUGUAAAAGGUUCGGAUGUUUUGUGUACA